UAUCAACUAAUAUAAUAGUACAUCAAAAAAUAGAAAAAUAACUCGAGAUUGUUGUUUUUAAAAAUAGAUGAAAAAACGAUCUACUGAACCUUAGGAUCUGGAAUAGAUCUUAUUUAAUUGUAGUAAACAAAUAAAAUAUACGUAAUGUCAUUAGAUCAAACUGUUUGUGAAGAUCUCAAAGCUUUCGAAAGGAGGCUUACUGAAGUUAUUGCUAGUUUACAACCUUCUACUCUACGAUGGAGAAUACUCCUAGGAUUUAUUUCAGUUUGUACAGCAGUAGGUGCUUGGCAUUGGUUAACAGAUCCAAACACAUCAGCUGUGUCAUUUACACAGAGCCUUUAUAAUCAUCCUAUUUUUACAUUAGCAAGUAUUUUACUAGUGAUAUUAUUUAUGAUGGGUGUUCAUGGAAGAGUGAUAGCACCUAGUAUCAUAACUCAACGAGCUCGAAGUGUUUUAAGAGACUUUAAUAUGAGCUGUGAUGACACGGGAAAAUUGAUUCUCAAACCUACAAGACCUCCUCAACCACAUGAAAUUUGAAGAAAAAUAUUUUUAAAGAAAUAGCAAAUUAAAUGAAUGAAUGAAUAAAAGAAUAAAAUGUUUUUUAACAUUA